CUUUAGCGAAACCAACGAGAAGAAACCGCCUGCAUGUAGAGCAGCCCGACCAGGAACGUACCCGAGUGGCGCGCGAACGUGAGAGGAAAGCCGUGCGCGGCUGCGCUUUACCGCCCCUGAGCCGCUCUAGACGCGGGGAAAAUGCUUUCUAAAAGCAGUUCAUUUUUGAAGGGUGUAAUGCUUGGAAGCAUUUUCUGUGCCUUGAUCACUAUGCUAGGACACAUUAGCAUUGGUCAUGGAAAUAGAAUGCACCACCAUGAGCAUCAUCACCUACAAGCUCCUAAUAAAGAAGAUAUCUUGAAAAUUUCAGAGGAUGAACGCAUGGAACUCAGUAAGAGCUUUCGAGUAUACUGUAUCAUCCUUGUCAAACCCAAAGAUGUGAGUCUCUGGGCUGCAGUGAAGGAGACUUGGACCAAACACUGUGACAAAGCAGAGUUCUUCAGUUCUGAAAAUGUUAAAGUGUUUGAGUCAAUUAACAUGGAAACAAAUGACAUGUGGUUAAUGAUGAGAAAAGCUUACAAAUACGCCUUUGAUAAAUAUAGAGACCAAUACAACUGGUUCUUCCUUGCACGCCCCACUACGUUUGCUAUUAUUGAAAACUUAAAGUACUUUUUGUUAAAAAAGGAUCCAUCACAACCUUUCUAUCUAGGCCACACUAUAAAAUCUGGAGACCUCGAGUAUGUGAGUAUGGAAGGAGGAAUUGUCUUAAGUGUAGAAUCAAUGAAAAGACUUAACAGCCUUCUCAGUAUUCCUGAAAAGUGUCCUGAACAGGAAGGGAUGAUUUGGAAGAUAUCUGAAGAUAAGCAGCUAGCAGUCUGCCUGAAAUACGCUGGAGUAUUUGCAGAAAAUGCAGAAGAUGCUGAAGGAAAAGAUGUAUUUAACACCAAGUCUGUUGGGCUUUUUAUUAAAGAGGCAAUGACUAAUCACCCCAACCAGGUAGUAGAAGGAUGUUGUUCAGAUAUGGCUGUUACUUUUAAUGGACAGACGCCUAAUCAGAUGCAUGUAAUGAUGUACGGGGUAUACCGUCUUAGGGCAUUUGGGCAUAUUUUCAAUGAUGCAUUGGUUUUCCUACCUCCAAAUGGUUCUGAUAAUGACUGAGAAGAAAUAAGAGCAUGUAUAUGAUCACCGUGUAGGACAUGUGGUGUUAUUUGUAGUAACAACUGCAUAUCCAACACAGCAGUAUGUUUCUUUUCUUUUUUUUUUUUGUUUUCAGUUUGGUGGCACUGGUUUAUUCACACAUUGAAGUUUAGUAAUACAUUUUAAAAUAGGGUAGGGUUUUUUUCCUUAAAACACACAUGAGAAUUUCAACUGUGUUGGAAAGAAAUGUUUUAAUAAUAAUAAUUUUACAAAUAAAGAAUAUAUUUAUAAAUAAUAUAUUUAUGUGAUAAAUUCUAAAUUAUGAACAUUAAAAAUC